ACUUAACACACCAACGCAAGCCUGCUGAUUUUGUGAAAGUUAUCGGUGGGUAGCAUGUACAUGAUGGUGGCAAAAAUUACAUAUGUGUUAACGGGAUUAUUUCUUCUAAUUGGCCAAAAAGCUACAACGACCGCAAAAACUACCACUCACACAAUGACUGCGGUUCAUGAAAAUAUAACCUCGUUGACUCAAAAAACAAUUUUUGCCCAUUCAACAAAAACAAAGAAAGGAAAAGAAUCGGAAUGUUUCACUAAAGAAGAUAAAGGUGGAAGUUACCGUGGAAAGAUUGCGGUAACAAAAUCUGGAAUAGAGUGUCAGCGAUGGAACGAGCAGCAUCCCCACGAACAUACAAGAACUGCAGAAGUGUAUAUCUUUGCUGGGCUAGAUGCUAACUUCUGCCGAAACCCCGACGGGGAGGAUGGCCCGUGGUGUUAUACAACAGACGAGGAAGAACGAUGGCAAUAUUGUAACGUUUCCGAAUGCAGUUCAACUACAACGGCUGCAAAAACUACCACUCACCAAACGACUGCGGUUCAUGAAAAUAUCACCUCGUUGACUCAAAAAACAAUAAAAAAAGUACAUGACUGUCUACCAACAGCGUAG